AUGUCCGACCUCAACGUUGACGACCUGCCCAAAGAUUGGCUCGAGCUGUCGCGGUACUUGCACAAGAACGCUCACGAUUUUUCUGCGUGGGAGCAGCUUGUCAAUGUGGCCCUUGAUUUGAAGCAAGACGCGGUAUCCAGCAGACUGGUGGCCAUCUCGUACGAGAACCUGCUGGUCAAUUUCCCGUACUGCGAGCAAUACUGGUGCAAUUAUGCCGACUACCUGUUCCAUGCAGGUCGCACAGAUGAGUCACGCGAAAUAUACGAGCGCGGCGUCGAGGUUGUGCCCAAGUCAAUUGUGAUAUGGACCAAAUAUUUGGAUUUUGUGGUCGAAACUGUGCACCAGUACGACCCGGUCGUUGCUGUGUUCGAGCGUGCGAGAACAGAGGUGGGGAUGCAUUUCUACGCCCAUCUACUGUACGACCGGUAUCUACAGUUUCUCAAAGCGCAUCGCAAGGCCAGAGAGUACCACUGCCUUCUGAGACGGGUGAUCGAGGUGCCAUUGUACCAUUACUCCAAAUACAUCAAACAGUUCUUCAAGCUGAUUGAAAACGCAGAUCUCGACACCAUCAAGUACCUGAUCACAAAGGAAGAUCUGAGGUCCAUCUACAAGUUGAGCUGGCCUGACCUUAUAGGACGCAAAGACGACAAGGUUUUCGCCGAUCUGAAAAAGGACAUGCGCAAACGGUACAUGGACAUAUAUAUCACGACACAGUACAACGUGUUCCAGCUCUGGCCGUUUGAGGAGGCGGUGAGACGACCUUAUUUUGCUGCCAAGGAGCUGGAACGUCGCGAGCUGCACAACUGGAACAGAUACCUCGAGUACUGCGAGACGUUGUCGCUCAAGUCGUCUCACAAGGACUCGGACUCGGCCAUCACAAAAAACACGCGCAAGCUCAUCGACACUGUAUACGGCCGGUGUCUCAUAGCCACUGCAUACUAUCCGUUUUUCUGGAUCAAAUACAGCAACUACUACCUCAAUCUCAACCAGCUAGACAGAGCGAAAAAAAUACUCGUUACCGGGAUAUAUCACUGUGCGACAGAAAACGUCAAGCUUCGGCUCCGACUUGCGGACCUGGAGGUGCUGACGAGGAAUUUGAGCGCUGCCAGGACCGUGGUGCUCGAUCUCUUGCAGUUGUAUCCGAACUCUGUGCAGGCCUGGCUGAAACUGCUCCAACUGGAGCAUCUGGCGAAAAAUAAAGAUCUGCUCCAGUUGGUGGAAGCCAAGCUCGAGGAGGUGGCCGGGACCGAGCACGAGUCCCAAUUCGAUUACCUGUUUUUGGAGCUGCUGCAGUACAACGUCGACUUGGAGCCUUUCCUGCUCAAGUACCAGCACAAGACGAGCUAUUUUUACUGGAAAGCAUGCAUAGAUUAUUACUAUCUCUACUCGCCGGACACCACAAAACUCCAGAACAUGUACCGUUUGGCGCUGGAGAACCUCGGAGACGCUGAUAGGGCCCGAGUCGAGGAGUAUCUGGAUGGCGUAGUCGAGAAGGAGUACUUUUAAUUUCUGUACAUUAAUCUUUACGCUAUUUUAUCACGUAGACGUUGAAAAGAGUGACUGCGAUCCAGAAAAAAACGGCAACGUAGCCAACAAAUCGGUCGACUCUCCAGUUGCGCAGCGGGACAAUGGAGAUGUAUAUGAGCAGAAUAACCACGAGGCUGAAACUUGACAUUUUCAAAUGGUUGUCCACGGUAAAUUCCACCGGGGAGCCUGUUUUGAUGCACACCACGAGCGAGCUGAGACCGACCCCAAAUAGAAUGUACAGCAGUGGCGAGCCAAAACACGCGUGCAAGCCCGUGAGCGCGAGUCCCAGGGACGCGAGAGUGCUGUUGGUGAUGAGGUCGCCGAUCGAAUUGCCCAUGGAGAGCACUGUAAGCCCCAGCACGGACUCGUCGACGCCAUAGAUGGUGCCAGUGUUUUUCAGGAUGCUGACGAUUUCCGACGCAGCAGCCGUGAUGAGAUUCAGCACGUUGACGAAGCCGACAAGCGCAGAGAACGCCGGGAACAGACGACGGUAAAAGGUGUGGCCCAGAGCGCUCAAGACGAUAUUGGCAGCGAACAGCACCCCCGUCAGUUGCAGUGUCUGGAACGAAAGCUCCUGGAGGACGACAAGCGGCGUCAGCAGCAGCUGGACGUGGAAAAAGCGCACGUUGAGGUCGAACUCUUUGCGCGAGUUGGCGGGCGUGGGCACGGCGAUGUUGAUGCAGAAAGCGAGCGGGAGCGUGAGGAUGUUGAAGAGCGACUCGAAUGGCUUGUUGCGCAUGGCCAGCCGGCCGUAGUUGGGAAUCAGCUUGGUUCUCCACGAGACCUCGAUGGGCUCUGCAGAGAGGAUCGUCGAAAUCGACGUUGCCGACGCGACGGACGACGUCCGCGAGAGUUGUGUUGGUAGCAGCAGCUGGUCGUCAGCAGAGACCGGCGACUGCGGCGUGUCGUCGUCGGCGGGCGUGAUGACGAUGUGCGAAGGGACCGGGACGGUGUGCUGCUGCGUCUGGACCGCCUCGUCGCCCGACUCGCCGCGAUAGUAGUUUGCUAUAUGUUUGAGAUCGCAAGUUCUGAAAGCCAACUUGAUGGAGUCGGCCAGCGACAGCCGGAAGCUCUGGCCCGUCUCGAGACUCUCGAUGUUCUGCUCAAACGUGUCGACGGCCGUGGCCUCUGUUUCUGCGCUUGUCUGGUCGUGGACCUUGGGCCGCGUCUCAGCAAGUAGCUUGUCCGGACUGAGGAAGCUGAUCAAGAUGUAUGUUGCGUACAGAAGACACAUGGCAAUACUCUCGGACAGCCUGAUCUUGCCGUCAACCAGAAAAAGCAGUGAUAGCACCACCAGCGUGAGGAAUAGCGUCACGUCACGGACAAAUGAGGUAUAGUCCACGGUGAAGGGCCGGACGAUGGCCAUGGUGCCGACCACGACGGUGAGCGCAAAAUUGGCCGAUCCGAGCAGCUCCCCAAUGGCCAGGGCAGUGGAAUCGGAGUUCAUGGCAGUCCAAGUCGACAAGAUGUCGGGAGCGCCGUUGGCAAAGGCGAGCAACGUGAGCCCCGACAAUUUCUCGCCCAGAUUGAGCAGCCUGGCCAGAAACGUGAGGUUGGGCGUGAGAAAAUUGGAAGCCAGAAACCCAAGAACAAAAAACAGCGUCGAGAUCAGCCCCAUGAACAUGCUCGCCACGAG